CUACAUAAUGGGCAAACAGUUGAGAUUUCUAUCCUAAAAUCCACUAAUCUCUCUCUCCCACUACAACCACCACGGACCUCUUCCAAUUCCGGCAGACACGGCGGCGCCACCAUGGAAAAGCUCAUCUACAACCCCAACCACCACCUUCACCUAAAGCCACGCCCAUUUCUCCCCCAACUCGCCCGCUUCCAACCCACUAAACUCGUCAAUUUCCCCCACUACACCCUCCGAGUCAAUUGCAAACAUGAACAACACCCAUCAUUUGGUUCUUCUCCACCGGUUGUUAAAAGUCCCCGAACUGAUUUGGCUUUUGAGGAAAAUAAGGGUUCUGAUGGGCCCAAACCCCAGUUUUUUCAGAUAUUCUCGCAGGCAUUUUCUAAUCAGCAGAAGGCAGCUGCUGCUGGAACAGUAAUUCUACUAUCAGCCCUGCUUGUUUUCAUCGUCCAGCCUGUUUUCGUCUCACCAGCAUUAGCCGCAUUUCAAACCGCAACCAAAACAGGCCCGGGCCCACUUGUCCGAAGCGAGCUACUAAGUAGCGCAUGGACUGGUUUCUUCGCGGGUUGCUUGCACACAUUAUCUGGACCCGACCACCUUGCCGCCUUGGCCCCACUCUCAAUCGGGCGGUCACGAGUCGAAAGUGCUCUCGUGGGAGCCCUGUGGGGGUGCGGGCACGAUGCCGGGCAGGUAAUUUUCGGUUUACUUUUCUUACUCUUAAAAGACCGACUCCACAUCGAGAUCAUAAGAACAUGGGGAACCCGAGUUGUGGGUAUAACCCUUCUCGUAAUUGGAGCUAUGGGAAUCCGUGAAGCCUCAGAAGUCCCGGCCCCUUGUGUUGCGUUAGAGAACGGGGAGUGUGAUGUCAGUGUUUACGAGGCUUCGUUAACCGACCCGGCUGUAACCAAGAAGAAAAAAAUCGGGUUUGCAACUUUCGCAACGGGUAUAAUCCAUGGGUUACAACCGGAUGCACUUAUGAUGGUUUUACCUGCACUUGCACUCCCGUCACGUGUGGCAGGUGCAGCCUUUUUAGGUAUGUUUUUGGUGGGGACCGUUAUCGCUAUGGGGAGUUAUACGGUUUUUAUCGGGUCGUGCAGCCAGGCAUUGAAAGAUCGGAUCCCGAGAAUCACGGAGAAGCUUACUUGGAUAUCGUCGAUGGUGGCAAUCGCACUAGGACUCGGGAUUAUAAUUAGUCAGUUUUUCGGGUUUAGUUUGUAUUAAUUUUGAGAUUCUUUUUGAAAUUAGGGGUAUUAUUAUACACCUAUUAUCAGCAGCAGAAAGAUGUUAUUGGAGUGUAUUAUUAUUUGAUAUAUUGCAAUAGUACCUCGUGCAUUAAUGAUUGUACUUUGAUCUUAUCUGUUUGUACAUUAAUAAUGAUUGUACUGUUUUUAGUUGUA